AUGAAACUCAUCGAGAAUUUACUUUUUUUUCUCUGUACAGGUGCCACGCCGAAUAUUCCAGAACAUGCGAGAUGGGCACAGGACGGAGUGACAGUCGCUGGAGGUCAUAGAAAAGGCAAUGGAUUAAACCAACUCGAUUACCCUUGGGGUAUCUAUGUGGAUGACGAUCAAACUGUUUAUAUUGCUGAUGGCGGAAAUGACCGUAUUGUUGAAUGGAAGUCUGGUGCAAUGAGUGGUCAAGUAGUAGCUGGUGGCAAUGGACGAGGAAAUCGACCCAAUCAGUUGAGUGGACCAACAGAUGUGAUUGUCGACAAAGAAACAGACAGUCUCAUCAUCUGCGACCACGGGAAUCGACGAGUGAUGCGAUGGUCUCGUCAAAAUCGAACAAGUGGAGAAAUUGUCAUCGAGAAUAUCGCUUGUUUUGGAUUAACAAUGGACGAUCAGAGAUUUCUCUAUGUCUCUGGUAAUGAACACCAUGAAGUAAGACGAUACCGAAUUGGAGAGACGAAUGGAAUCGUAGUAGCGGGUGGUAAUGGACAAGGCAAUCGUCUCAAUCAACUCAACUGGCCCAGUUUCAUCUUUGUCGAUCGAGAUCAUUCUGUUUACGUAUCGGAAUGGAAGAAUCAUCGUGUAACGAAGUGGGUGAAGGAUGCCAAAGAAGGUAUUAUCGUGGCUGGCGAUCGAAUUGAAGGAAAUGCUCUGAAUCAAUUGUCGAAUCCCAAAGGAGUGAUCGUUGAUACUUUGGAUAAAGUCUAUGUAGCAGAUUUUGGAAAUAUUCGAGUUAUGCGUUGGUGCACUGGAACGACACAGGGAAAUGUGAUUGUUGGUGGAAAUUAUUGGGGAGAAAGAGCAAACCAGUUGAAUGGUCCUACAGGUUUGUCAUUCGAUCGACAUGGCAAUAUGUUUGUCGUUGACGGGUGGAAUUAUCGAGUUCAACGAUUCUCUAUCGAAAAAUGA